AUGCCUCUCGCACGCUGGGCCUUCAACAUUCGCCAACCCCUCCUCCUCGAGAACGUCGAGCCCCUGGUCACCCGGCUCACAGACGACGACAGCGACAGCAGCGAUUCUUCCUCUAGGCGACCGCCUAACAUCGUCCCUGUCUCGAACCUGCUCAACUUCCUUCCGAAAUCCGAGGCGGACUCGCUCCUUCAAUUACGGUUAGAGGACGACAUGCGCCGUGCCCUGGUCGGCCGACUCAUGAUCCACGCCUUCUUCACCGCACACCACAACUGCCAAUGGGAGAAUAUUGUCUUUGACCACACCGAUAGUACCAAGCCUGUCCUGGUAUCGCCAGAACACUUGAAGUCGGUCAGCUACAAUAUCUCGCAUUACGGCGAUUGGGUCAUCCUUGUCGGCAACACCGAUCUGUCCUGCGAUAGUCCUGUCCGCCUCGGUGUCGAUGUCAUGGACUUUCAGGAGCAAGUCUCAGGGGACUCCUUUGAAUCCUUCUCGGCAUGCUUUCAACACCAGUUCACGCCGAAUGAAAUCACGUUUAUGGUCAAGGCCUCACCGCCCGAUUGUGCUUCUGUCGACGCACAGCUCAAGCGGUUCUAUCGGGUAUGGUGCCUGAAGGAGUCUAUCGUCAAGGCACUCGAUUUUAACUCGGACUUUGAUCUCAAGUCUAUCGAGUUUACGAUUCAGGACGAGGAGGAGACUGAAAAGCCAAUCCUAACAACAGUCAUUGGCGUCCACGAGCCAAAACCAGAAGCGCUCUCAGAAGAAGGCUGGUCCUUUGAAGAAGCACUCCUGGACUCGGACCACUGCUACGCGAUCGCAGCCCAGACCGAGACAGAAGAUGGAGGGUCCUCUCCGGUGGUCUUGGACGGGUCAGAAAUACGGAGGUUCGACUGGAAGGAGCUUCUUAAAGAUGCUGUUCCUUACCCUGUGCAUUCUUCUGCCUGGGCCUGUAACCAUCAACAGGCUUGA